AUGGUACAGAGUCUUACAAACGCACCACUGAUUUGCAGGGUUGUCAGCGUUCCUGGGUCGUGGGUGCCAUCACCGACCGAUACAGAGAGUCACCAGGAGCAGCCUUGGGGUCUGCAGAGAGCUAGAAUACGCAACGAGCCGAGGGCGGGAAUACUGCGGACUGUCGAAACGCCCGAGUUAGCUGUCGAUGAGAUGAUUUUGCAAGUGCCGGCGGCCCCCAACCUUUGUUGGUCGAAGAAGAGGCGUACGGCGCCCCGUCAUUUCUGGUCUGGUUCGACAGGUUUUUGGUUGAAGCGGGCGCAAUGGCAAUGGGUGCGCCCAUUGCUGCAUACUUGA